ACGUGCAAUGCAUAUAGUACCGACUCAUACGCGACGUUGAGCUGUUGCGCGCUUCAAGUGGUUAUGCCUGAAUAAAAUGGGGCCUCGAGGCAUCUGUACGAGGGCUGGGGUGAGGAUGUAGGCAGACGUGGCUAUUAGCAAGCGAGAUAAAAGCACCCGCCAGCCCCAAGGGAUAACAACGCCUGCCUUCUCGUCUUCUGGAGAUUGGCAACCCGACCAAUAUCGCUCCCCAUUCAUCGGCUCUUGUAUAUAUCUGCCCAUAUACAGCAUACCUACCUAUAUAGCAUAUAUACCGCUGCCUCGAAAUCCCCCGCUGUGCGUUCGCGUCCGUCGUCGCGGCGAUAUCGAGCCGUAUCCGCGGGACCGUGCGGCACCAUGGCAUCCUUGGGGGUGUCGGCCAUCCUGCUGCGCAGCCUCGGCGUCAUCGUCGCCUUCGUUGUGCUGCGGUUCCUACGUAGAACCUACAUCGAACGGAUGAGGAUCCGGUCUUUGAGGGCCCAGGGAAUACCCAUGCUCCCGCACUCGCUCGUCUUCGGCCAUCUGCCAGUCCUGGGCCAGUUCCGCAAAGAGCACCCUCCAGAUGUCAACAUUUAUAUGAUGCACAACUGGCUCGUGCGCAACCUCGACAGGUACUUCCCGGGCCACAAGAAGGUGCCGCCGCUGGUCUACCUCGAUCUCUGGCCGAUGGCGGGCUCGCUCGUCAUGGCCUACGACGCCGCCGCCGCCUCCCAGUUCACGCAAUCCCCGAGCCUCCCCAAGGACCCCGUCACCCGCAUGUUCAUGGAGCCUCUAACCGGAGGCAAUGACUUAGUCUCCACCGAGGGCGCCAUCUGGAAGACCUGGCGGACGAGAUUCAGUCCCGGAUUCAGCCCGCGGAACCUGUCGGCCCUGCUCCCGGAGCUCCUCGAAGAGGCCCAGGUCUUUGUGAACGGACUGAGGAAUCUGGCUGGCAAGGACGGCGAGUGGGGGCCGGUCUUCAAGCUCGAGGAGAAGACAACCAAUCUCACUUUCGAUAUCAUCACCAGGGCGUCACUGGAUAUGCGUCUUCACGAGCAGUCGCGCCAGUCCGAUAGCCCGUUCAAAUCCGCUCUGAUGAGCCAGAUCAAGAUAAUGGGCAUGGUGACCAAGGUGGUGCAGAUCAUUCGGCUUGACAAGUUACCUUGGUACCACGCGACCAUCUCGCGCAACAACAGCGUCAUGCACAAGGUCCUCGUUUCGCAGAUCGAAAACAAGCUCCGGUCGGACGCGGGCGCCUCCGUUCAGGGCAAGAAGACCAUCGUGGACCUCGCGAUCAAGCACGUCGACAAGGACGCCGGCGCCGGCGCUUCGAGGGGGAAGCCCGACGCCGCAUUCAUGCUGCAUCUGAUCGCGAACCUCAAGGCCUUCAUCUUCGCCGGCCACGACACGACGGCGUCGACGAUCUGCUUCAUGACGAAGCUGCUGCAGGACAACCCGGACUGCCUGGCGCGGCUCCGCGCCGAGCACGACGCCGUGCUGGGCCCCGACCCGGAGCGGGCGGGCGAGGUCCUCGCCGCCUCGCCCCACCUGCUGUACGCGCUGCCCUACACGCUCGGCGUCAUCAAGGAGACGCUGCGCCUGUUCCCGCUCGCGGCGACGGUGCGCGACGGCAACCACGUGCCCGGCUACGCGCUCACCGUCCCCGGCUCGACGACCAAGUACCCGACUCGCGGGUUCGGGCCGUGGCUGGCGGCGCCCGGCAUCCAGCGCAACGCGGACUACUGGCCGCGGCCGGACGCGUUCCUGCCGCAGCGCUGGACGGUGCCCGAGGGCGACCCGCUGUACGCCGCCCGGGAGGCCUGGACCCCGUUCUCGCUCGGCCCGCGCAACUGCAUCGGCAUGGAGCUGGCCAUGGUCGAGCUGCGGCUCGUCGCCGUGCUGGUCGCCCGCACGUUCGACGUCCGCGAGGCCUGGGCCGAGUGGGACGCGAAGCAGGGCCCCAAAGCGACGCCUUCGCAUGUCGUCGACGGCGAGCGGCUGUACUGCAUCGGAGACGGCACGGUCCACCCGAAAGACGGCAUGCCGGUCGUCGUGAGGCUGCGGACUCACGGGUCCUCGCCCUGAGACGGAUCAGGCCGAGGGUGGUGGGUGCGCGCGCCCACGGAUUCGAAGUCGAAGCGGCCGCGACGAGGUCGUACUUGCGAUGCUAGGAAACUCAACUCCUGUCCCACUGUGUAUAUUAUAGGUAUAUAUACGUACAGUAUUUAUUCAUGUAUUGGCAUUGGGACUACGCGCGUCGUUGUAAGUGGAGAUAGGCUGCGCCCCGGUAAGCUUGGAUAUGAGUAAGAGCGCUCCGGUAGCUGAUGCACUUUACAUCCAAUAAUAUCCGACUAUUCCUACCGUCUCCGGAAACACGUCACGAGUUUAUCCGUCAGGGCUGCGCCGAGGGCUUGGUCAUGUCCCCUGCCAUUUCCUCGUCCACUCGCUUGGUGCUGUCUCCCAGG